GUCACCGAGCGUACUGGAGCGUACCACACCUCAUCCCCAGCCGCGUCAGAUGGUCAGAAGCGAACGUGUGCAUCUAAUACACCCGUAUCAUAUAUCACAGACCGUACAACUAUGGAAUUGUACGGUAAUUGUUAAUUACAAGUGUUUCGUCUCGUGCGGCGCCGGUGGCAGGGUUGACGGUGGUUGGCGGGGAUUAGCGGUGUCACUGGUGUCAGGCGGUGUUGGCCAAUAGCCGGUGUAUUGCGCGGUGUGAUGUGACCAAGCGUAGCUACAACGUUAACUAUCAAAUCAAAGGAAUGGUCACGCAGUCGAAUAGUGACGUGUAAUACUGAUAGCAAUUCAUAAUGUCAGCAAGACUUUUAGACCCAGCACUUACGAUGCGUACGCGACUUUGUCGGUUUUAACUGCCAGUGUCGUAAGACGUUGAGGUCACCUUAUCAUCGUCAGCCUUCUCAUUCAGACAGCAUAAUCGGAGCAGUACAUUCCAACCAAUUCCGAUAGCGCACGCGCGUGUCUACAAAACAACCAAAACGAUACUGGUCGUGACACGAGCACGCGCGCUCUCUCUCUCUCUUCUCACUACUCUCGUCUCGCAUCCGUCCGGUGGCACAUUUCAUCGUGCCAUACAUGCUGUAGGGGCCACUGUGGCUUUGGUUUGCAGAACACAGAGAAAUGAAUAUUUUCCUAAAUAUAUCAGCCACCUUUUGGUCACCACACAUUUGGUUACCUCCUAACAUUACAUGGGAGGAUAUCAGUCCAAAUGCAGACAAUAAAUAUGCUAAUUAUCAACAUUUAAUAUAUCCGCUGCCUAUGGCAAUUGUUCUUCUAGGAAUAAGAUAUACUCUUGAAAGGUAUUGGUUUGCUCCCUUUGGAAAAUCACUUUCUAUAAAAAAUACUAGGAGCAAAAAGGCAGUGUCCAAUGAGAUAUUAGAAAAAGCAUAUCUUAGUAAAAAAACCAAGUAUAAACAGAUUUUAGCAUUGGCUAAACAAUUAGAUUGGUCUGAAAGGCAAGUAGAAAGGUGGCUUCGGCUGCGUCGUUCUCAAGACAAGCCGUCUACUCUAACAAAGUUCUGCGAAAGUUGUUGGAGAUGUUUUUAUUAUACGUAUUCAUUUUUCUAUGGUCUUGUUGUCCUGUGGGAUAAAUUGUGGCUUUGGGACAUAAAGUAUUGUUUUUACAAUUAUCCCUAUCAUCCCGUUACUGAUGAUGUAUGGUGGUAUUAUAUGAUAUCAAUGUCGUUUUACUGGGCAUUAAGCUUUUCUCAAUUCUUUGAUGUAAAAAGAAAAGAUUUUUGGCAGAUGUUUAUUCAUCACAUAGCUACAAUUGCACUUAUGUGUUUUUCGUGGGUCGGAAAUCUAACAAGGAUCGGUAGUCUAGUCUUGCUUGUGCACGAUUCUGCGGAUAUACUUUUGGAGGCGGCAAAAUUGACCAAGUAUGCAAAUUAUCAAAGACUUUGUGACUGUAUAUUUGCUGCGUUUACAAUUCUCUGGAUUGUAACACGUAUGGGUGUGUACCCAUUUUGGAUAAUUUAUAAUACUUCCAUAGAGGCACCUAAGAUAGUACCGAUGUUCUUCGCGUAUUAUAUCUUUAAUUCUUUAUUAAUUUUACUACUGUUUCUCCAUGCAAUUUGGACUUAUUUAAUCAUUCAGAUCGCAUACCGUGCUUUCAAUGCUGGUCAGAUGGAAGGUGAUAUUCGCAGUAAUAGCAGCGAUGAAGUAUCUGACACUUCGAUCAAUAAUACUCCCUUAAACAGUACCGUAAAUUAUACUAACAAAUCAAAUUUGAAACCAAAAGUCCACUAACAAGACACAUGCCACAUAUGUCACUAUAUGUUAAAAAUUGAUUUCAAGGUAAAAAGAAAAAAAUCAUCUGGACGUUUAGCCAGGACUAAUCUUUCUUCCUACAAGUAUAAUGAAAUCUCUAAAGCGAUUUUAAUCUUGUAAUCCAAGAUGUUAUAACA